GGAAACCCAACACCAACCCUAGCAGCUAGAAAACCAGAUAUCUAGAAAUGGACACCACAGGCCAAUCCUUAGGUUAAAACAAGGAAUCCAAAAAGAGGAAGAAGAAGAAGAAAUCCAUUAAUUAAAAAGCAACCACUCAAUAAUAAUCCAUUCUAUCAGUUAUCCCACAAAUAUAUAGAUUCCCAUUUCUCACUCAGAGUAAAGUAGCCCCUAGCUAGCUAGGGUUUCAAUUUCGAUCGAUUAGACGAUGAAUGAAAAAGAAAAAGAGAGAUUGAUGAUGCUCUUAUUGUAGCUUAGCUAGGUUUUAGGUAGUAGAUUGCUUUGUUUGAUCAUUACCGAUCGGCCGAAGAGAGAAAGGGAGAUCUAUCUAUCAAUCGAUCGGAUCCGAGAGAUCGAUAUGGGAAGGGGGAGAGUGGAGCUGAAGAGGAUAGAGAACAAGAUAAACCGACAGGUGACCUUUGCGAAGAGGAGAAACGGUUUGCUAAAGAAAGCUUAUGAGCUUUCUGUCCUUUGUGAUGCUGAGGUGGCACUCAUCGUCUUCUCCAACAGGGGCAAGCUCUAUGAGUUCUGUAGUACUUCCAACAUGCUCAAGACUCUUGAAAGGUAUCAAAAAUGCAGUUAUGGUACACUGGAAGUUAAUCGCCCUAACAGAGACAUUGAGCAAAGUAGCUACAAGGAAUACUUAAAACUGAAAGGGAAAUAUGAGUCUCUGCAACGAUACCAAAGACACCUUCUUGGUGAAGACUUGGGACCUCUAAAUAUAGAUGAGAUUGAGCACCUUGAGCAUCAACUGGAUACGUCGUUGAAGCAUAUUAGGUCCACAAGGACACAGAUGAUGCUUGACCAGCUCUCUGAUCUUCAAACCAAGGAGAAGCUGUGGUUGGAAGCUAACAAAACUCUUGAAUCAAAGCUUGAAGAAAUUUAUGUGGAAAAUAACCUUCAACAGCAAUGGGGUGAGCAAAGUGGUGCAUACAACCACCACCAACACACUGACCAUCAUGCUUUCUUUCAACCCUUGGAGUGUGACUCCACUUUGCACAUCGGGUUCAAUCCCGUAGCUGCGGCUACUUCAAGCCAAAUGACAGCAGUGACUAAUGCACAAAAUGUUAAUGCUGUGCUCCCAGGAUGGAUGCUUUAAUUUUAUAAUCUGAUCGAUCAGAAGUGAAUAUUUAAUUAUAUAUAUUUAUAUUUUAAUUGUUGAUGGGAGGUUAUUCGAUCAAAUCCAUCUCCGGAUUGAUAUAUGGAGCUAAGAGAUGCAUUGAUACAUACAUUUAUACAGACAAAAACAAGUGUGCAUCUCUUGCCCUGGCCGGACAUUGUGUAAAACUUAACCUCACCAAUAAGCACUCACUUCAAUCUUUAUUGAUUGAAUUGGAGAACUGCAACUCAAGAUGUAUGUUCAUUUUUCAUAUUCACAAACACCUUACUUUGUUUUUUGUUUAUUUUAAUUAUUAUUAUAUAUGAUGAUGAUUUGAGUAUUUAA